AUGUCGUUUCUUAACACUAUAAGAGGCUUAGGAAGAAGUUCCAAGAAGAACAAGAAGGAUAUAGAACCAAAUGCCGCAUCGUCUUUCUAUGGCCACACAGAGGUUCCUGGCAGCCAUAUUAGACGACAAUCACCUACCAGAGCUAGUUCGCCUUCAAAGCUGGGAAGAUCUAGUAAUACCCUGUCACCAAUCAAAAGAAAUAGACCAUUGCAACCGACGCUUCAAAAACAAUCACAGCAAUCACAAGUACAAUUCCAACAUCUGCUGCCUAAGCGUGCGGCAGCUUCAUUAAAUAAAAGCAAUCAAAAUACCAGCAUACAGCCGACUCAACUUCCACUUUUCUUAUGUGAACCAUAUGUUAAAACUGCCCUUGUCAAGGGGUCGUUCAAGACUAUUGUUCAACUUCCUAAAUAUGUUGAUUAUGGCGAAUGGUUAGCCCUUAAUAUCUUUGAGCUUUUCAAUAACUUAAAUCGAUUCUAUGGUGUUAUUUCUGAUUAUGUAACACCUGAAGCAUUCCCUACUAUGAAUGCAGGUCCAAAUACCAAUUAUUUAUGGGUGGACUCCAACGGCCAAGCAGUUAAUUUGCCCGCAGGUCAAUAUAUUGAAUAUGUUAUUUCUUGGAUUUCAAAUAAAUUGAAUGACCAAUCAAUAUUUCCCACGAAGAAUGGUGGUGCUUUCCCGCCUAAUUUCUUAAAAGAUUGCAAGAAUAUAACUAGACAGAUGUUUAGAAUCUUUGCCCAUAUUUACCAUAAUCAUUUUGAAAAAAUUAUUCAUUUAAGCUUAGAAGCACAUUGGAACUCAUUCUUUGCUCAUUUUGUUUCAUUUGUGAAGGAAUUCAACUUGAUAGACAGAAGUGAGCUCGAACCUUUGUUGCCGUUGAUUGAAAACUUUGAACAACAGGGGAAAAUUAUAUAG